CGGCGGGAGAGGGCGGGGCCAGGCGCGCGGCGGCCGCCUCUGCUGCGGCCGGAAACAAUAGUGGAGGAACCCUAGCCGCGCGGAAAGGCGGUGGUGGCCCGCGGAGCCGGACGGGGCACUAUGAACGAAGAGGAGCAGUUUGUAAACAUUGAUUUGAAUGAUGACAACAUUUGCAGUGUUUGUAAACUGGGAACAGACAAAGAAACACUCUCCUUCUGCCACAUUUGUUUUGAGCUAAAUAUUGAGGGGGUACCAAAGUCUGAUCUCUUGCACACCAAAUCAUUAAGGGGCCAUAAAGACUGCUUUGAAAAGUAUCAUUUAAUUGCAAACCAGGGUUGUCCUCGAUCUAAGCUUUCAAAAAGUACUUACGAAGAAGUUAAAACCAUUUUGAGUAAGAAGAUAAACUGGAUUGUACAGUAUGCACAAAAUAAGGAUCUGGAUUCAGAUUCGGAAUGUUCUAAAAACCCCCAGCAGCAUCUGUUUAAUUUCAGGCAUAAGCCAGAAGAAAAAUUACUCCCACAGUUUGACUCCCAAGUACCAAAAUAUUCUGCAAAAUGGAUAGAUGGAAGUGCAGGUGGCAUCUCUAACUGUACACAAAGAAUUUUGGAGCAGAGGGAAAAUACAGACUUUGGACUUGCUAUGUUACAAGAUUCAGGUGCCACUUUAUGUCAUAACAGUGUAUUGUGGCCUCAUAGUCACAACCAGGCACAGAAAAAAGAAGAGACAAUCUCUAGUCCAGAGGCUGAUGUCCAGACCCAGCAUCCACAUUACAGCAGAGAGGAAUUGAAUUCGAUGACUCUUGGUGAGGUAGAACAACUGAAUGCAAAGCUCCUCCAGCAAAUCCAGGAAGUUUUUGAAGAGUUAACACACCAAGUGCAAGAAAAAGAUUCCUUGGCCUCACAGCUCCAUGUCCGCCACGUUGCCAUCGAACAGCUUCUGAAGAACUAUUCUAAGUUACCAUGUCUGCAAGUAGGGCGAACAGGAAUGAAGUCACACCUACCCAUAAACAACUGACCUGAACAGACUUACUUAGUAUGCCCUGCCCUUUAUUGGUCUCCCAGACAUGCAGACUUUGAAGAAGCUUGAAGAAAGUCCUGGUCCAUUUUUUUAUGGUCAUUAAAUUUGCCAAACAUAAGGCAGUAUUAGACAUCUUUUUCAAAUAAAGCAGAUCAUUAUAUUCUAGUCUUCUGGGGCUAAUCAUUUUGGCUCAUUUGGGGACUCUUUUUUUCCCAUAAUUACUAAACAAAUUUUAUCACAUGUGACUACUUAAGUACACUGUUAGAGUGUCAUUUUAUUAAACAUUUUAAUGUAAUUCACCUGUCGAAACAACAGAUUAACUCCUUAAACUACUAAAGAUAAUUUUUAAGAGGGAAAUGGAAUUCAUAUCACCUCUUAUUUAUUAUGAGCAAUAUUUUAAUAUAAAAAUUUUAUAUGUAAAAAUGCUAUUUUAGGUACUUGCCAUUCUCUUUAUAAUUGUAUAUUUGAGUGGUUCUGUAUAUUUAUUUACACUAUCAUGUGUGAAUAUGUUCACCCAUAUUUCAGGUCACUGCAUUUUAUUUUAAUACAGUGUUUUUACAAUGGUUACCUUGCUUUCCAAAGAUAAAUGUAUUUUGGAUUAGAAAUCUAUUUAGUUGAGUUGUUUUAAUUUCUAAUAACUCUUAAAAAGAGGAAUUAGUAACUUUUUAAAGCAGUAUUCAAGUAAAUAAAAUACAUUAUUUUGUUUUCUAACAAAAGCAGUUAUUCGGGAAGUAAAGACUAAUCUGGCUUCUCUGUCAAUUUGUCUCCAUGGAAAUGAAAGCCGCCUCUGCUUCUUUCAUUAUUAGCUUCACACCAAUGACCAAUGUAUUAGAAUUUGGACAGAGUAAGUCAAGCCUCACUUCCAAUUCAAAUAUAAUAUCUAUCUUCAAAUUGAAUGUGCUGUGAAAUUGUUCUGUCUUUGAAAAGAAAGUGAGGUUAUUUUGUGUGCCACAAAGUUUCAAGAAUACUUAAACUGUCCAAAUUGUAUUAUCACCAUCAUUGAACUUAGUGCUCAAAAAAAGCGUUGUGAGGUAUUUUUCUAAACUUUAUAGAGAAAAACAGGAUUACUUGACAGAAGAAAAGCAAAA